UCUCCAAGGAGGUCCUCAUGUCCCCAAUGUCCCCCCCAGAGUUCGAGGCGGCGCGGAAACGGGCCAAGAAGGCCAAGCAGGCCUUUGAGCAGAUGAAGAAGGAGAGGUUCGACCGCUUCAACGCCUGCUUCGAGUCGGUGGCCACCAACAUCGACGAGAUCUACAAGGCCCUCUCCCGCAACAGCAGCGCCCAGGCCUUCCUGGGCCCCGAAAACCCCGAGGAGCCCUACCUGGAUGGCAUCAACUACAACUGCGUGGCCCCCGGCAAGCGAUUCCGCCCCAUGGACAACCUCUCGGGGGGAGAAAAAACAGUGGCUGCCCUCGCCCUCCUCUUCGCCAUCCACAGUUACAAGCCGGCUCCCUUCUUCGUGCUGGAUGAGAUCGACGCGGCGCUGGACAACACCAACAUUGGGAAGGUGGCUAAUUACAUCAAGGAGCAAUCAGCUGCCAACUUCCAGGCCAUCGUCAUCUCCCUCAAGGAGGAGUUUUACACCAAAGCCCAGAGUCUCAUCGGUGUCUACCCCGAGGUGGGUCAAAUACCCCCCCUGGGGGGGCCAAAAUACCCCUGGGGGGGGCCAAAAUACCCCUGGGGGGGCAAUUAG